GUGCUCUAAAAGUUCGGAAGUUUAAAUUUCCGAGAUCAUUUGAACUCAGCACCGUCUAGUCCUGCCCAGUGUUUCAAAAGUGCAGCCCGACCAGGAAGAAGGAAGCCUGAAGUCACGCAGACUGGUCAGUCAGUGGGAUUCCCCUUGUUAAAUCUUCCAACAUAGCAACACAGGGGGAAGAGGCCACGAAAGGAGGAAAUCCUUUCAUCUCAGCAAACAGCUGUAACAUCUGUUUACCAGAAUGGACAGCCAAGAGGUGGGGGAUUUAUUAGAGGAGUGUCUCAGAGCAGUGGCAGCAGCUCAACAGUCCCACCAGCCCACAGAUGCAGAGAGGCUGAACUACUGUAGCUGCAAAGACUCGCUGUGUGCAGAACUGGCCUCUCUCCUGCAGGAGGCAGUGGAAAUGAAGUGGCCCUUUGUGCCCGAGAAGUGGCAGUAUAAGCAGUCAGUCAACGACAAUGACAAGACAAACCUCAGUGACCUCAUUUGCAAGGACCUAUCUCAGCUGCUGGCUUUUCUAAAGGCUGCCAUCGUAGCUCAGGAGGCAUGCUCAGCACUGGCCGUGAUCUUCUUGGUCGAUCGCUUCCUCUACUGGAAGGAUGAGUCCAGCCGGCUUCUGAAGAUCACCAAGCUGCUCCACAGACGCCACCCUGACAGCCCUGUGGCCCCCCAGCUGGUCAUACGACAGGCCAGAGUCUACCUUAACUCUGGCAAACUACAGAAGGCAGAAUACAUACUUAGCAGUCUCAUUGACAAUAGUGGCGGCACAGGUUGUUGGGUCUACUAUUCUGAAAGUGACAGGGCUCUUGUGCAGGCCGUUAGUGUUCAAGUGCGUGGAAUGAUUCUGCAGAAGCUAGGCCUGUGGCUCGAGGCUGCAGAGUUAAUCUGGGCUUCUCUUGUUGGCUACUAUGCACUUCCUCAACCUGAUAAAAAGGGCAUUGGAACCUCUCUUGGCAUACUGGCCAACAUAUUAGUGUCUAUGAAUGAUGAGGACUUCCAUGCUUUUAGGACAAAUCCAGAUAUUGAUUUGUCUUUACUUGGGGACAGGAGUCACCGUCUUCUUUCAGCAGCCCAGGCAGCAAAGAUGGCUGUUGUAUACAGCCAGUACACUUCACUUUAUGUGUUGACAAAUGUGGUUACUCAAGGGACCUGUUUGUUGUCGUACAGUUUCUCUGUGGAGUGCCCUGCCUCUCAAAGGCAGUCUUUCUUGCAGCAGGCCAGAGAUGCAUUUACAAUUGGCCUGCUCACCAAAGCAGAGGGUGACCUGGUCACCAGCAAGCAGGAGCUUCACACUUUCCUCAAGGCCGCCUAUUCCCUCACUGUCACUCACAAAUGGCUUGGCACUCCUCUGGAGAUUGUGGCACUGGCAACCCAAGCUUGCCAAAAAGCAUUAGCAAAUUUUUAUGAUUACGAUGCAGAUAUCCAAGACAAAGAUAGCCUCUGUGCUGAAAUCAUGCAUCUGGUCACCCAAGUCAAGCUUCUGUUGAAAGUGGAACCUUUCCUUAAUUCAGACAAGGGAUCUUUCAUUCCUGACAGCUACAGAAGCUUCAAAGACACAUCAGUAAAUUUCACUCUGGAAGGUUUUGCUAAGGUGAUGCAGAGAUUCCAGAAGUAUCAUGCAUCACUGUGUGAGACAAUGAACCCAAACUGUAAGAGGGGUAAGGAUGAGAUAGAAGGGGCAAAGCUAUGUAUAACUGCACUGGGGACAACCAUUGGUACAAUCAAUACAGAAUGUAGCACUGAGGCCUGCAAAGUAUUAAAAGAUAAUCUCAAAGGAGAGGAGCUACAACAGAGAGGUUCAGAUUCAUCUGCUAAAAAGUUGGACCUAUGUACCACUGUAGGAAGCACGGAUAACCUUGGCUCUUCAUGGCAGAACUUCUCCUUGAGUAGCUCAGGGUCUCCCAGGCCCAGCAGCAAUGCCUACCCAGGAAGCAUUGCUAUUGAACAUGAAGAAAAUUCAAGCAGGCAGAGCUGUGUGACCACUGAGAUGGAUGAUGACAGGUCAGAUAGUAAGCUACAAUCCACUAAUAAAAACAAGAAGGGAAACCUAGAGGCUUGUAACUCCGGUGUCAGUUCCCAUACAUUCCCAAAAUCUGUAAUACCUGCCACUUCCUCCUCCAAUGCGAGUAGUAAUUCUGAGAAGUAUGAAGUGAUACAAGCUGGAAUAGAGACACUGUGCACCGAGGAGGACUGGAUGACUGAUGUUGUAGAUGUGCCAGUGAAUCCAUCAGCAGCUGAAGGAGUAGCACAGUCCUUAUCCCAGCUGUAUCUCAGAACAUCCUCCAGUGCCCUCAGUGACAGUUUAGGUUCCGGCUCAUCAUGGGAGAAAAUUUCAAUGGACCUGAACUCCAUGACAGAAAAAAUACCUCAGCCAAACAGCCAAUCAAAAGCAGAAACUGACCAAACCAGAAGGUCAACAGAUGGGACUUUCUUCCUCUUAGAAACACUUGAUUCUGAAACCAGUGAUUUAACUAGUGAUUCUCCACACAAAAACCACGCACCUGAAUGGCAAUUUAGUGCUUUGUCCUUGAAACAGCCUCUGGAGAGCCUUCAUAUUGACCCAAAUAUGGACACUGAACUUGACUCUGCAGAACCUGCUCCCCAGAACUCCUUAGCCACCCCACACCCAAACGUUUCCCAGUUUUCCCCAGAACAGUGUGCUUCCACUGAAACCACUACUGAGAGCUCUUUUGAGAUGCUGGAGGAAAUUCAAAGUGGACACCGAUCCUAUGAAGUCACCCCUACAGAAAAGGCAAAUGCCCCUCAGAGGAGGAACCCCUUGUGUUACAGCUGUCUAAAGCAUAGCACUGCAUCUGGUGUGGUCCCUGAGAGGAAGUAUUUGUUGUCGCAGCAGGAUUACCAAGCCCUACUGGCUGGAGUUUGCCAUGAAUGUCUGCUGAGGAGGCUGCACAGUGACAAGACACAAUUCAAACUCAGGCAACACAGAGCUUCCUACAGUGCUCUCCAUUUAAAGUUCUCUAAAGCCUCAGGGUUGUGGACAGCCACGGAGACCUGUGUUUACAUUGGGGAGCCCAUGGGGAUGCAGGGCAAGCAGAGAACAGCAAUAUGGGUAAAGUUUUUACACCAGGAGGAAAGGUUAAGCAGUUAUGUGGGAAAAGAUUACUUGAAGCCAAAAGAGAUCCAGUUUCACCUGAAAGACGUGGAGAGACAGAUGACAGCUCAGUACUAUGUGACUGAAUUCAAUAAGAGUCUUUACGACAAGGAAGUCAUGGCUCAGAUCUUCUUCAUUCCCUCUGAAGCACUUUUGAUUUUGAAUGGAAAUGAGAUUGUGGGUUGUGUAACAGUGGAGCCCUACAUGCUUGGAGACUUUGUCAAACUGACCAACAACACUGGAAAGAAGGACAAGAGCUUCCAGGCUACAGAAUAUGGCCUUGCCUUUGGACAUUUUACCUACUUGUCCUCUGACUGCCAGGAAGUUGUUGUAGACCUACAAGGCUGGGUGACAGCCAAUGGAAAAGGUCUGACCUACCUCACUGACCCCCAGAUUCACUCCACCAAGACCCCCAAAGGUCCUUCCAACUUUGCUGCCAGAGGCCUCAGGUACUUUCUGGAAGAGCAACAUGGACCAGAGUGCAAUGCAAUUUGCCAGCUGCUCAAACUACCUGCAUUGAUCAGACAAGCAGAUGUUAUGCCUCAGAAACCUUUGUAUUCAAAUUAAGUGAUUUUUUUUCUGUAUAGAAUAUGAGUAUAGAAUAUGAAUACGCAGACUAUGAAAGAAAAGUUAAAAGGAACGAAUAACGAGUACAGUUUAAGUACAUUCUAACUGUAGUGCUGUCUGGAGUGUCCACUCUCUGAUACACUCAACACAAUGAAAAGCCACAAAAUUAUCAGAAAAUAACGCGUGUGAUUAACGGCCACGGAAUUGAAGGCUAUGGUUUCCUGCUGCUAUAAAUGAAAUACUUGUGUCUUGUUUUGUUUUGAAAAUAAAGUCUUUGUCUUGUC